GGUUAAUGUUAUGGCAUAUCCUGCAACCUUUGCCCACUAAGAGUUGUUCUUCCAGAAGGUGAAACGGGAGAAGAAGAAAAACAAGACUCUUAAAGACUAAAACAGGGAACGUUAAAUAUCCACACACAAAAAAUCACUACUUGGUUUCCUCGCAGGCUGGAGAAAUGUUCCAGUGGUUCUGCAGCAUCAUUGUGGCCCUCUCCUUUUGUGAAACAGUGAUCAGAAAAGCACAUUGCGGGACCGUAUACAAAGCCGAGGGGCUCUCUCAAAGACGUCUUCUGACGGAGGCCGACCAUCCCGCCAACAAUAACGCCACUGACACUCAAGGUCUCACGAAUGAAGACAACACCCCAAAUUCGACGCAUUGGUAUCUGGCCGCUGGACUGGGCACGGCCAUUGCCGUCUCGCUCGUCAUCGUCAUGGCGGUCAAGUUGCGUGUCUUUCAUCGUUUCCUAGCCAGCUACAGGCACUCCUUGCUCCGGGAGGCUGAUGGGGUCAGCCAGUACGGCCAAGAGGAGUUGUCAUUCCCAAGCAGCGUGUCGGGUCGAGUAGGAGCGGUGAGAGGGACCCUUGGCACAUUGGAGGAUGAUGACGACGGCUUCAUUGAAGAUAACUACAUCCAAACCGGUGAGAAAGAACGGGCUGAGAGAGAAGGAGAAGAGGACGAGGAGGAGUAUGGAAUAGAGGACAGUGAUGAUGAUCUGCAGUUCACAAUAGGGUGAAACUGUAGUUGAGUACGGUGGCUGCUUCAUUGCUUUUUUAAAAAAUCUUAAAAACUUUCAAAAUCACCCAACAACCUUUCGAUAAAUAUGAUUGUAUGUCUGUA